CGCUCCAUCGAUAACCAUAAACCCCCCAAAAGUCCCCAUUUGGAAGAACAUUCCAGUCUUUCUUCAGAUAACAGUAAGGUAGACCGAAGAACCGUCUCUGCUAUCUGUUCCCAAUUCUAAUAAACCCUAAAAAUUUCGAUAUAAUGGUUGAUGUAGCAGAUAAAUUGGCGUAUUUUCAAGCGAUCACGGGCCUUGAAGAUCCCGAUUUGUGCACAGAGAUUCUCCAAGCGCAUGGCUGGGACCUGGAACUCGCGAUCUCCUCUUUUACAUCCACUAACAACAAUAAUGAUGCUGACAAUAACGUCCCCUCCACUACUACAGCUGCAGCGGCCGACGUCGGAAGUUCCGACAUGGAAUCAUCGAGUUCUGUCUCUCGUGAUCUCUUUGACCGCCCCGAUUCUGGUGCCGGAGUUGUGGCCGCUGCUGCCCCCGGUUUAGCCUGGAAACUUAUUACUUUACCAUUUUCUGUGAUUUCAGGCAGUCUAGGGUUAAUUUCUGGUGCUGUUGGCCUUGGUUUAUGGGCUGCUGGUGGUAUUUUGUCUUAUUCGCUCGGAAUGGUCGGGCUGGGACCAAGCGCCGGUCGGAAUGGGGAGCCUUCUGCCCGAUUAGUUUCUGUGUCGGCUGCGGCGAGAGAGGCAAUGGACUUUGUAUUGGUGUUUGAAAGGGAGUAUGGUUCUAGAAGGCCGAAUUUUGUAACUGAAGGGUUCAUGGACGCCUUGCAGAGGUCGAGGAACGCCUACAAACUGUUGUUUGUGUAUUUACAUUCUCCAGAUCAUCAGGACACGCCUCUGUUUUGCGAGAGGACUCUUUGUUCGGAGGUUUUCACUGCUUUUGUGAAUGAGAAUUUCGUGGCCUGGGGAGGGAGCAUUAGAGCUAGUGAAGGAUUUAAGAUGAGCAAUAGCUUGAAGGCUUCCAGAUAUCCGUUUUGUGCCGUGGUUAUGCCUGCGACAAACCAAAGGAUCGCUUUGCUUCAACAGAUUGAGGGUCCAAAAUCUCCUGAAGAAAUGCUCAUGAUACUACAGAGAGUGCUUGAAGAAAGUGCACCUGUCCUUGUUGCUGCAAGACUUGAAUCAGAAGAAAGAAGAAACAACAUGCGGUUGAGAGAAGAACAAGAUGCUGCUUACAGAGCAGCACUUGAAGCUGAUCAAGCCAGGGAACGGCAAAGAAAAGAAGAGCAGGAACGUCUAGAGAGGGAAGCUGCUGAAGCAGAGAGGAAGCGCAAGGAGGAAGAAGACGCUAAAGAGAGGGCAGCUCUUGAGGCUGCAGAAAGAGAGGCUGCUUUAGCUAGAAUGCGGGAGGAGAAAGCCCUAUCACUUGGUGCUGAACCUGAAAAAGGACCUGAUGUCACUCAAGUUUUGGUACGUUUCCCAACUGGAGAACGAAAAGAAAGAAGGUUCCACAGUACCACCACGAUCCAGUCUCUAUAUGACUACGUUGAUUCUUUGGGUUUCUUAGAGGUUGAUACAUACAGCCUUGUCUCAAAUUUUCCGCGGGUUGUGUAUGGUUCAGAAAAACUCUCCCUCUCCUUGAAAGAAGCAGGAUUGCAUCCUCAAGCUAGCCUUUUUGUGGAGCUGAACUAGGUAAGUGUAAUACCAAGUAGUGUGAUCAAGAGCAGUCCAAAAUGGGACAUGCAAGUGGGGUACUUUGUUGUGUUUCUCUUUUCAAUUUCAGCUUUGAUUAGCAAUGAUAGCAAGACCAGAUAGCUCCCCGGUUUGCUGUUUGGAUGUUAUAUUUUCAUUCAAUGCAAAGAUUCAAUCAUAAGUAAAAUGAGCUCAGGGUGGAAAAUGCGGUACAAAUAAUGAUAUAUUAAUUUUGCACAUAUAUCAAUUGUGAGAGAUUCUAUUAUUAGGUUACCCCUAUUAUUGAUUGUAAGAAUGGAUUGAGGCCCAUUGAUUAGUAAUUCAAGUGGUUUUAUAUUCUGAAAGUGAAAAAACUUGGUUGAAGCA